AUGAAACGGAAACGUUCAGCCCCGUCCUCAAACUCAGGACCACCAGCCAAACGCCUCAAACGAACUUUAUCAGCCCGGCCAGCAGCAUCACGAACGCCAGCUACUGAACACACAUCACCGGCAUCAUCUCAAACACAAAGUUUUGAGCCCAAAAUAGCAGUGCCAGAUCAGCGGCAGGAGCAGGAGAAAAGCCAUCUUGAAGCAUGUGCUAUGCUCGACUCCAGUGCAAAGCUUCCCUUGCACGACACGUACUACAAAGGCGCUGAUGUAUCACCUAACUGUAUAAAGACGCUGGAAGAAUCACAAGAAGAGUGGAAACGAAAAGCUAUAAUAGAGCGAGAGCAAGAACUAGAUGCGGAUGCAGACGUAGACACAUCAGCGGCUACUUCCGACGAGGUAGACUGGGAAAACGACCCGAUACGAAUGCUAUGCUGCAUGCCCGCAUUUGCAUACAAUGAUAUUCCCGCGGAACAAGCGCGGAGAGAAAUGGAGCGCGCUGCUUUGCUCCCUUUACCUGACGAGUGA